GCCUUCACUCUUAAUGUUUCAUUGUCUCGAUCAUUAAAAAGUUAAUUCUGGAAUUUCCGUUCCAUAUAACUGCAAAUAUUGGUAAAUAAAUCAAUCCCCCUGAUGAUUGGUGAUUUUCUUUAAACGUCGCUUUAACGAAUUAGAAACUAUCAACUCUUUUCCAUGACAGACAAUUUCGUGUUGGGUAAGAAAGUAGAGCAAAGGUCUUCUCCUUCCAGUAGGGCUGGAACCAACGAAGGGAUGCUUUGUUCUGAUUGGCUGGUGUGAAGUGAGGGUUGUUUAGUAGGUCAGAGGUUUUAGAGGCAGGGGUCUUAUCGGAACGUCAAACUCUUUCUGGAUCAAUCAAAAUAAUGUUCUUCAACAAGGCACUUCGAGCCGGUGUGCAAACCGGACUCCGGCUGCAGUCCAGUCACGCUGCCGCAAGCGUGAAUGUCGCCCCGAAAGCAUCCCUUGGUUUUUCCUUUGAGCUCACCGAGCAGCAGAAGGAGUUCCAGGAGCUGGCGCGGCGGUUUGCCCGUGAGGAAAUCGUUCCCGUUGCAGCCGCUUACGACAAAAGUGGUGAAUAUCCCGUCCCCGUUAUCAACAGAGCGUGGGAGCUCGGUCUGAUGAACUCUCACAUCGGAGAGGACUACGGUGGAAUGGGCUUGUCCAUAUUCGACGCCUGCCUGAUCACAGAGGAGCUGGCCUAUGGCUGCACAGGUGUCCAGACCGCCAUCGAGGCCAACUCCCUGGGUCAAAUGCCCGUUAUUAUCGCUGGCAAUGAAGCCCAGAAGAAGAAAUACUUGGGGCGAAUGACUGAGGAGCCCCUCAUGUGUGCCUACUGCGUGACCGAGCCGGGGGCUGGCUCCGACGUCGCCGGCCUCAAGACCCGCGCCGUGAAGACCGGGGACGAUUACGUCGUCAACGGCCAGAAGAUGUGGAUCACCAACGGAGGGAAAGCCAACUGGUACUUCCUCCUUGCGCGUACCAGUGUGGACCCCAAGUGCCCGACCAGCAAGGCGUUCACCGGCUUCAUCGUCGACGCAGACACCCCAGGAAUCCAGAUCGGCCGGAAGGAGCUGAACAUGGGCCAGAGGUGUUCCGACACCAGGGGCAUCACCUUUGAGGACGUGCGGAUACCCAAGGAGAACGUCCUCAUUGGAGAGGGAGCCGGCUUCAAGAUCGCCAUGGGGGCUUUCGACAAGACCCGACCCCCCGUGGCUGCCGGAGCCACCGGCCUGGCCCAGAGGGCCCUGGACGAGGCCACCAACUACUCCCUGGAGAGGAAAGCGUUUGGCGUAGUCAUCGCUGAGCACCAGGCGGUGUCCUUCCUCCUGGCGGAGAUGGCGCUGAAGGUGGAGCUGGCCCGCAUGGCCUACCAGCGGUCGGCCUGGGAGGUGGACAUGGGUCGCAGGAACACGUACUUCGCCUCCAUCGCCAAGGCGUACGCCGGGGACAUCGCCAACCAGGUGGCCAGCGACGCCGUCCAGGUGUUCGGAGGCAACGGCUUCAACAGCGACUACCCCGUGGAGAAACUGAUGAGGGACGCCAAGAUCUACCAGAUCUAUGAAGGCACGGCUCAAAUCCAGAGACUCAUCAUCGCCCGUGAACACCUUGGGAAGUACAAGAAGUGAACGUUUUAAACCAUCGGACUAUGCAUCAUCGAAAUACCCUCCUUGCUUGUAUUAUAUUUUUUGAUAUAUUUAAUAGAAAUCACUCUUGGAUAAUACUGCUUGGAUACAAAAUCAAAACAUUUUUUGCCUUAACAUCAGCCGAAUUGUAAUGUCAUGUACUUAUCAUCAUCUUAGACGAUAUAAAGUAUGGCCUUUUAUUGUACUUUCAUACCGAUCA